AUGACGACAGAACUUUCCGACAGAUCGGAGUAUCUUAACUCACGGCCACGACACCCCCCCAGCGAAGCUAUCCGUUUUGUCGAAACUAGAAUGGUCGUCGCAGGGCAACCUGAUGCCGUGUAUUGCGAAUCACUGGACACAUACGUUUCCGUUCCUGAGGCAAAGAAGCAAGAUCAAAUAAGUGCCGAGCUAUGGAAACAAGCCGAUUCCGAAAUGGAGAAAUUGUUUGAACUGCUGGAAAAGGUCCAAGUCAAGCUGUCAAAGAAGGGAAUGCAGCAGUCGCCUCAGAGUAUCCGAAGCUGUCGCUGGGAAGACGUCUUGAGUCAAGUUCAAGAUACCGCUGCACAGUGGUCAACAACCCCAAAUCGGACGUCCCAGGCGAUGCUUUGUAUCAGCAAGGUCGGAAGGAACUCUGCGGUCUUUGAAAGCUGGCUAGGAUUGCUGCCAGACGGGGACUAUGGAGCAAGUCUAUGCGGAGUUUUCAAACUCGCGAUAGGGGCUGCCGGCCGGUACGUCAAAAUCGAGGAGGCAGUAUUUAGCGCACUUGCAGAUAUUCCCGAGAUCAUUCAAGGUGCACAGAAUUAUGUCAGAAUAUAUGCCGGUCGUCAGGACCAGUUACUCGAGAGAAAAACAUUUGAUCUUUUCCUGGCCGUUUUGAGAGCUCUCACCCACAUCAUGCAGUUCUUUGCAGACGGGGGCCUGAAGAAAACGAUGCAAUCGACAUUGAAGCAGUCUGCUUACAAGGCCGAAUUGAUUGAAAGCAUCAACGAGAUCCGGAGACAAGCUUCUAGGAUCAAAGAGGAGGCAGAUCAAUGUUUGGCCUGGGCAGUUCGUGACAGCAACCUGGCCAUCAAAGAUGUAAAACAAACAGGCAACGAAGUGUUGAAAGCACUGCAAAGAUUGCUUGAGGAAAGCAUACCUGCACGGCACGAAUACACUGCAUCGCAGCUUGAAGCCAUGAACUCGAGGCUUGGAGUCUUGGAACAGCGCAGCUCGUUGAUGAUAGAGAGCGGUCCAACUGACAGGAUAAAUCAGACCACUAACGCGGCCUCAUUUGCCCGGAAUGCAAACUCGCGCCCUAGCGUGGAAGAUAUGACCAAAUUUGCUCACAGCAUUCUAGACGCCAUCAGAUAUGAUCCAAAUGUCAUCGAAAGAGACCUGGAGAGGUCCGUUGGGAUUGGUGAGCGGUUGGAAGAAGGCGAAAAGGCUCGAGCGGCCGCCAUGAUACGGCACAGUGAAUACAAAGCAAUGAUGGUAGAGACCUCAGCCUCGACUUCUCUGCUCGUCAACGGAAGAAAAGAUCUGGCAGCGGCUGAAAGCAUAUCGUCCUUGACCUAUGUCGCUGGAAGUCUUGUGCGAGCCUCGCGUGACGCGGGUUCGAUUUAUUUGAUGGCGUAUUUCUGCGACUUCCAUCGGCCUAGCUUUGAGCCGUCGACCGAGGCGUCGUCUUUCGGGAUCGUGGCGAGCUUUGCGGGGCAGCUGCUGAGCCAAAUGCUGCAUAGAGACGUCCAGAUGGAUCUUUCGUUUUUCGAGACUCGCGACUGGCAUCGCCAUGCGAACAUGAAGCUCGACACCCUUUGGAAGCUUUUGCGACAGCUCAUCAGCCAGUUGCCCGAGGAAAGCGUCUUGAUUUGCGUCAUUGAUGAAAUCACUCGAUACGAGACGAGUGCCUUGUAUCAGGACACUGAGAAGGUGGUGAGGCGAUUGACGCGGCUCGUGGGAAACAGUGAGUCUAUUGUCUUCAAACUGCUUCUCACGUGUCAUGAUCGAGCUUUGGGUGUAUCUCAGUACUUCAAAGGUUGCACCAUUGACCUGGAUGCUGAGGCGGAGCCAGACGACUCAUCGGCAUGGUGGAUGCGGUCGGCUCAGCGCCAAGGUGCUUGA